AAGAUGGAGUCUGUCUCCUGCUUCCCCAGCACCGCAUUUGUGUAACUGGAGGAUUCUGACGAGGUGGUGAAAUGACAACAUUCACUCUUCUUCAAUCAGUGCAUAUGAAGUAAUGUUUCCUCAAGUUCCAUCUCCUUUAGUGUCAUAUGGAACGUAUCUCUCAAUCUGUUGUUAAACUACGAUGACAUGUCUGUAGCUAUCAGAAAGAGAAGCUGGGAAGAACAUGUGACCCAAUGGAUGGGGCAGCCUUUUAAUUCUGAUGAUUAUAACCCAGCAUGUCAUCAUGGACUAGGAGCUGACAGCUCACAGGCAAGCAUGGAAAAAGAUGCAACUUUAAAUGUGGAUCGCAAAGAGAAGUGUGUUUCACUACCAGACUGCUGCCAUGGCUCAGAGCUGAGAGACUUUCCUGGGAAGCCAAUGGGUCACAUUUCAAAGGAAGUGGAUGAAAAUGACAGCCCCGAAGGUGAAGAUCAGUUUCUUUCUCUGGAGGCCAGCACGGAAACACUAGUGCAUGUGUCUGAUGAGGAUAAUGAUUCUGAUCCAUAUAUUACAGAUGAUAAACCAAUGUUAACUACCCAAGGACAUAAAAUAUCAGACCAACAUACUAUCAGAGGAGCAGGCUCCUUAGUAAAGACACUGCUCAUCAUGGAAGGUAACCAAAGUAAUUUGUGGGGGAUGGCUGGCAGAGCUGACUUAGCCCUAGUAGAGGAAAAGAGGGAGAAAGAUGCUGGUGAUGUUACAAGUAAAAGCCUGGAGCUUUGUAAUGAUAUAAGCUUAAGCGAAGCAAAAGAUGCAUCCAAAAUAAAUGCAUGUGACUCUUCAAAUGUGAAAGAUAUUGUGCCUGAGAAGCAAUUGCUUAAUUCGGCUGUAAUUGCUCAGCAACGAAGAAAACUUGACUUCCCUAAAGAUGAACAUGAAAGAAACACUUGCAGUGUAGAACAGGAUGAGUUCUUGGCUAUUCCUUGCAAGGGCAGAGGGCUGCCAUUAUUCAAAGCAGAUUCUGGAAGCCGCCUUCUACAACCUCCUUCCUGCCCUAAUGGAACGUCAGCUGAAAAUGGCCUAGAGAAGAGUGGCUUCUCAGAACAUCAAAACAAAAGUCUUCCAAAGGUCAGCUCCGAAGAUGGCAUGCAGUGUUUACACUUGAAGGAGACUCUGGCCACCCAGGAACCCACAGAUAAUCCGGUCAGGCUUCGCAAAAGAAAGGAAAUAAGAGAAGAUCGAGAUAGGGCGCGGCUAGACUCCAUGGUGCUGCUAAUUAUGAAACUGGACCAACUUGAUCAGGACAUUGAGAAUGCCCUCAGCACUGGCUCCUCUCCGUCCGGCACACCAACCAACCUGCGGCGGCGUGUUCCUGUGAGCUUUCCUUUUUCCGCUUCUUUUCCCGUGAGAAUGUUACUCCUUCAUUUCAUAUGGUGUGAAUGAAACAUCUCUGAUGGUAGCACCACCUGCCUAAAUGUGGCCCCUGACUGACCCUCUUCCAUAAAGAUCACUCAGAUAA